UGAUGAUAUAAAACCUCAUAGUGGAGAAAAGGAAACAUUUCAUUCCUCAAUCUCCCAAAGCAAUCAUCUGAGGUCGGGGAGCAGUAAGCUACGAUCAAAACAAUGGCUUUGGUGAUGCAUGCUGCCAACAAUAAAAACGCUUGGAAAGGGCUUAUCGCUGCAGAAUACAGUGGGGUCGAGGUUGAACUCGCAAGAAACUUUGAGUUGGGGGUUUCAAAUAGGACUCCUGAAUUCAUCAAGAUGAAUCCCAUGGGAAAGAUGCCUGUAUUGGAGACACCUGACGGUAUAGUUACUGAAAGCAACACUAUAGCUCGCUACGUAACUUGCUUGAAACCAGACAAUCCUCUUUAUGGGUCUUCCUUGAUUGAAAAUGCCAAAAUUGAGCAAUGGGUGGACUUUGCUGCAACUGAACUUGACCCAAGCAUUGCAGGGUGGGUGUAUCCUAGAGUUGGAUUCAGGCCAUUUAUUCAAGGGGUUGAGGAACUUUCAAUCUCUAACCUGAAGAGGAUAAUGGAAGCUCUCAACAGUCAUCUAGCUUCAAAUACUUAUCUUGUAGGGAAUUCAGUGACAUUGGCCGAUGUCGUCAUGACAUGCAACCUGCAUCCUGGAUUCAAUCGGGUUAUGACGAAGAGCUUCACAUCACAAUAUCCCCAUGUUGAAAGGUACUAUUGGACUCUUGUUAAUCAGCCAAACUUCCGCAAGGUAAUGGGCGAGGCAAAGCAGGCAGAGUCGAUUCUCCCUCUUCCAUCGGCACAGAAGCCUGCACAGGUUGCACAGACUAAAGAGCCGGAGCCUGAAGUCAAGAAGGUGCCCGCAAAGGAUGUUUCUGCUGACAAACAGGAGGCACCCAGACCGAAGCUCAAAAACCAACUUGAUCUCUUGCCACCAAGCAGGAUGAUAUUGGAUGAGUGGAAAAGGCUUGUACUCUAACACUAAGACAUUUAACUUUUGCGAAGUGGCAAAUAAGGGUCAUUUCCUUUCUACUAUUUUCAGGAUUGGCUUUGAUAACUUUCUCUAUUUUAAAAAUUAAGUUUAACAGUGAACUUUUGACUAAUGCGGCUUCAGGAUUCUGGGAUAUGUACGAUCCUGAGGGCAAUUCUCUAUGGUUCUGUGAGUUCAAGUAUACGACUAGAAUUGUACAAAUCGAGGAUCAGGAGCCUUUUGAGGGAGAGGAAUUGCGCUGGAUGCCAAGUGCUUCAAAUAAACAGAAUCUUGAAGUUAAAGUAGAAGUUUAGCCAAUUAUGCGAGGUUUACUCUGAGCAAAUUCGGGGAUUCAGAGGUUUAAGUAGAUUUUCCUCUGAGGCCAGAGUAUCAUGUUUGUUCGAGAAACGUUUGCGAUUUUCGCAGGCAGGUCUUGCUGUGUUUUAAGCUUUCGCCUCUCACCUUGCAGGGUAUAAUGCUACUUCUGUUUACCUAGGACUUUAGUGAGUUAAGCAGUUGAUGGAUCUGGGUAUUUCCUAUGUUAUCAGAUGUAUCACAAGCUCUCGUGUUCACUUUCAUCGGAUGUUUACCUUGCAUCAUUAAU